AUGUUGACUAAACUCGCUCUUACAGCUUUGACAUUCGCAGCUUCUGCUCAAGCUGCGAUCUCCAUCCUCUACCCCAACUCCAAUACCGUAUGGUACAAGAACAAUACCGUUCAGAUGAACUGGACAUUGACCAAUCCCGAGACCGACACCUACUUAUUCAGGGCAUACAUGAGUAAUGGUGAUCAAUCUGUAUUAGCUGGUAAUCACAGUAUCGCCGAUAGUACAAGUGCUACGGCUCAAGAUGUUAGGAUUCUCUUACCUCAAAUUCCAGCUGGUGAAGGAUACAUCGUCAAUCUUGUCAAUACCACAAACGAAGCUCAGGUAUUCGCUACUUCAGAACCUUUCGAAAUUGCUGAUGGCAUAGUCACUACCUCAUUUACAUCUGCUUCUUCAACAGGUGCAGCAACAUCUGCUACAGGUGAUAUCCCCAAUGCCAAAACUACUUCUAGUCAAAACCCCUUCCCGAGUUCCACUCCCUCUUCCACCUCUUCAUCCUCUUCAUCCGCUUCUCCCGACCUCACCUUGAAUACGUUGAUGACGAAUGGUUUGAUGCUGGUGUCAAUCGGAUUAGGAGCUCUAGUCGCAUUGUAG